AUGACGGGUCUCGCUGGUUCCAUGACCCCCUCUGCCUCUGCCUUUGGUGGACCGCCUCUUCGGUCUUCCUCCCUAUCCUCCUCUCGAUCCUCCUCUCGACCCUCCUCUCGACCCUCCUCUCGACCCUCUUCCCGACCCUCCUCUCGGCCGUCUUCUCGACCGUCGCAUAUCAGGAGUAUCGAUCCUGGUGACAGUCCAACAGAUGCACGUGCAUGCACUUGCGCACAUGGUACACCCGAUAGGAAUAGUAGCACAAGGUUGACUACCUGGGAUUUGCCCGACACCAAAAGCGGAGCGUCGGCUGGUGGCGACGUCACUCCCAACGUCACUACCACGACCCCUGCAGGUAUCAGCAGCCCUGCAAUGGCUCCUGAUGAGACAAAAAGGAUGACGGCCUACCGCAGCAUGCUAUCCGUCGACUCCUCUCCAAUAUCACCUACCUCAGCAUCCACCUGGUCGACUCCUGCCUCGCCGGCCUCGCCAAUAUCUCCCACCACUCUCGCACCUGCUCGUGCUCUUCAUCACCGCAGCAGCGCCUUCGGCGGAAGUAAGAGCAUUCUCGCCACGAUGAACGACAGCGGUGUCGAGCUGUCAAAGGGCUCUGCCCGUUCGAGCAUGGACAUGUCGACAAUCUCCAUCGACAGCGGCCGCUCGAGCAUGAGCGCUGCCGACUGGCCGACCCAUCCCCACGAGCUCAACACCGUGUCCGAGCUCGAUGGUCUUCCUCUCGGUACCGAGGUCAACUUUCGCGCUCGCAUAGCCACCCAGCGCCGGCUCUCCAAGGCCCUUGACUUUCUGCUCUUCCGCGAUCAAACACACACCGUCCAGGGCGUUCUCUCUCGCGAGCACCUCGACAUGGUCAAGUGGGUGCAGAAGCUGCCCGAGGAAUCUCUCGUCCAGGUCAACGGAAUCCUGACGCCACCCCCGGAGCCCAUCCGAUCGGCGAGCCAUUCAGCCAUCGAAGUACACGUGCAAUCGAUCCACCUCGUCAAUGCCGCCCACGGCAGCGCCCCCUUCAGCAACUACAAACCGCCGGAAUCGCUUCGGAACCGCCUGUCGUCCCGCAUCCUCGACCUGCGGCACCCUUCCAACCAGGCUCUCUUCCGCAUCCGUUCCCUCGUCACCCGCAAGUUCCGCGACACUCUCCAAGAUCGGGGCUUCAUCGAGAUCAGCACGCCCAAGCUGCAGCCGUCCGCGACGGAGAGUGGCGCUGCCGUCUUCAAGGUCAACUACUUCGGCCGGAACGCCUUUCUCGCCCAGAGCCCCCAGCUGGCGAAGCAGAUGGUCGUCUCCGCCGACUUUGGUCGUGUCUUUGAGGUCGGCCCCGUCUUUCGUGCCGAAAACUCCAACACGCACCGACAUUUGACCGAGUACACCGGCCUUGACGUCGAGAUGGCCAUCGAGCACGACUAUCACGAGGUUAUAUAUGUCCUCGACGACUUCCUCAAGUCCGUCUUCAAGGCCGUCUAUGAAUUGCCCGAGGUGAAGGAGGUCCAGAAGCGAUGGCCUAGCAGCAAGUUCAAGUACCUGGACGAGACUCUCAUCCUCGAUUUCAGGGAAGGAAUCAAAAUGCUGCGUGAGGAUGGUCGCGACGUCGAGGAGGAGGAGGACUUAUCUACCCCUGACGAGAUUCGCCUUGGGCAGCUGGUGAGGGAAAGAUACGACACCGACUACUAUGUGCUCGACAGGUUUCCUGCCAACGCGAGGCCCUUCUAUACCUAUAGGGACCCCGAGAACCCCAAGUGGACUCGAUCCUUCGACAUCUUCAUCCGCGGCCAAGAAGUAUGCUCCGGCGGUCAGCGCAUCAACGAUGCCCAACUUCUGCGUGCCAACAUGCGAGAGGCUGGUAUGACCGAUGACGGCAUGGAGGAUUACAUGGCCGCAUUCGAGCUCGGUGCCCCUCCCCAUGCCGGCGCCGGCCUUGGUCUUGAGCGAAUCGUUGCUUGGAUGCUCGAGCUCGGCGACGUCCGAUAUGCCUCCCUCUUCCAUCGUGACCCCAAGUCACUCCCCGAGCGUGCCCCUGGCCUGCCACACGCCGACGCCGACACCACCAAGAUUCCCCUCGGCUCCGUCCCGCUGGUCGAGAACUUGAUCGCUAACUACGGCGACGCGUCCAACACUUCUUGGCUCGACGACCGAUUCGACAUCUGGCGACACCCAUCCGGUGCCGCUGUCGGCUAUGUCAAGCAGGAUAAGUUUGUCAUGAUCACCGGUGAUCCAUUGUGCGACAGAACGCAGUACAAGGACGUCUGCGCUGCGUUUGUCAAGUUUGUCGUCACUGAGCUCCGCCUCGUUCCCGUUUGGAUGCUUGUCUCGUACGAGGUCCAGAAGAUUCUCGCUCAGCAGAUGGGCUGGCGCACCUUGUCGUGCACCGAGGAGCAGCGAGUCGACACCGACAAGCACCACAGAACUAGCGCUGGUGCCAAAGCGAGGCGCGUUGAGCGCGAAGGAGUCAGGAUUCACGAGGUCAAGCCGGACCAAGACUUCAUCAGCCGUGCCGAACCCGCCAUUGAGGAGUGGAAGGCGAGCCGCAAGGGGAAGCAGGUCCACAUGACCGAGGUGCGACCGUGGGUUGAUGUUGGCCAUCGACGGUACUUUGCCGCCGAGAAGGACGGCAAAGUCAACGCGCUCGUCGUCCUGGCUAAGCUGUCCCCCAAGCACGGUUGGCAGGUGAAGUGGGCGCUCGACUUCCCCGGAUCCGUCAAUGGAACCAUCGAAGUCCUUAUCGAGCACGUGCUCGGAAGCCUGUCCGGCCAGGUGACCUUUGGUGUCGGAGUGUCGAAGAAGCUGACGCCAGGAGAGCACCUGCACGGGAUACGCGCUCGCUUCCUUGCUACUACCUACAACUCGAUUGUGGAGAGCCUCGGACUGCGUCGCAAGGCCGGCUUCCGCAGCAAGUUCGGUGCUCUCGGCGAGGAGGUUUACAUUUGCUACCCGAAGCAUGGUGUUGGUCUACGCGACCUCAAUCAGAUCAUCAAGUUCUUCCAGGAUUAA